AUGCUAUUCAACCACCCGCUAACCCCUUCUCUCAGGACAGGGGUUCCCCCUAGGCAGGAAGGUGCGGUGGGCGGUGCAAGUCGUGGAUGGGGGGCGCACGACGAAUGCGCAGGCGACCCGCGGGUGAGCGCUCAUGGCGGACCUGCAGUGAGCGCCCUCGUGCGGACGGGCGGGAAGCAUGACAAGGGCGACGAUACGGCGGUGUACAUCGUGGUGGACUACGACCCUGACGCACGGGUAGCUGGUCUUCCUCGAGGGAUGGCAUCGGAUGAGCAUAUCCAUGAGUACGCAAAGCACGCGUGGGAGCUGAUGGUGCGCCACACCUGGGCAAAGGCGGUCACAUACUUCCCAAAGAACGGCGUACGGAACGAGGCCCUACGCCUAUCCCUGCGGCGGCACUACGACGUGGUGGCUAUCGACAUCAGGGUGGCUAUGGGGAAGACGAAAUACAGUGGAAAGGUCGGCAAGGUGUUCUCGAAGUUCCGGAAUGAAUCAUCGACUGAAGCGCGACAUGUCAUCCUCGCCGCGCUUGAGAUCGACGCCGGUGGCCCGUACAAGCAGGAGAUCCACCCCGACAAGAAGGUCUCACUCUGGCGGUCAUAUGGUCCGAGUGAGUGGUCGGGAGCAGGGGGGAGGGUGGAGGGGAUUUAA